CAAGCCAUGACGAUCGCUAGGGUUAAAUCCCGCGUCCGAUUCUCCGGCCGGGUCAAGCGAGAUAGAAAGAACAGAAAACACUUUCCAGAAAAUUCGAAACCAAAGAAGACAAACAACGAUACGCAUGGUCCGACAAAAGCCCCCAAAGGUAGAGACCUUUGCUUCGGACGCUACUAUCACCAGACGAACCCGCUGACCGGCUCAGUGUACAUGUUUCCUGUUGAAAUCGACAAUCGAAUUUAUGAUGAUAGCAAUUCUGUUGACGAUGAUAUGGCAUCUUUCCUCAAGAAGCGUGUACUAACUACUGAUGAUCAAGAGUCUGAUGGCGCCUUCAAAAGCGGUCUUAGAACUGCACUAAUACUAUGCAGGAUCUCUCUGGUUACAGAAAAUCCAGAUAUCGCUGGUGGCGAUGCUGAUGAGUACGAUCACGAGCCGAGCGGCGCCUCUAAUGACGGCCACUUAGCUGAACCGAAAGACUCCUGUGUUCCGUCUGUCUCAGUCAUUCUAGACGCAUCAGAAAGCGUCACAGAUGAGAAUGACGAACCACCCAGCUCCCUUCUGAUGCAAGCACCACUAUGGGCGUGGCCGGCGGAGUGGUUUCCGGCAGACUCUAUUCCUGCAGCACCAGCGACUACAACAGGUUCAUCUUCAGAGGUGAAAUGCGGUACAUCAGAUUCAUCACUAGUAACGACAGACACAACGGUAGAUCCAUAUCGAGCCAAGGACAAGACAAUAAUAGAUCCAUCGCCAAGGACAGAAGAUAGUACAGCAGAUUCAUCACCAGUGGUUGGAGAGUCUGUGGAAGUCUCGUCAUCGGCGACAGCAGAUAACACGGCCGUCUCGUCGUCAGUGGUAUCAGAAACUAUAUCAGAUCUCUCGUCAGCUUCGGCAGAGACUAUAUCAGAUCUAUCAUCAGAAUCGGUAGGUGUCGCAGCAGACUCGUCAUCAGCGGCAACAGUUACUGUGACAGGUCUACAUCCAGGCGCGGCAGUUACUACAGUAAACUCGACUUUAGUAACGGCAGCUCCGACACCAAAUUCUGGUCCAGUGGUGAUGAAGAGCACAGCAGCACCCUCUCUGGGACCAUGGCAUAAAUGGUUUGUUCGUCUCUUUGCGGGACGCAAAUCCAACAAGUCUGACAGUCCUCCUCAAUCAACUCCCGAACAACCCAUCUCUAUCAUAUCCUGGGCUAGAGAGCGCAGUAGUUCCGAAGCAGACGUUGUCCUACCUCCACUGCCACGUCUCGAACUCCCGAGAGUCCUUCCAGAAACUCGCCGUAAGAAGAACAGGGUCAUUGAUCGCCCGGGUUAUGCCAUCAACAUCCUUCAAGCGCCUUAUCAUGACUUCAUUGGCCGUGCUGUCCUCGAAGGAGAUGCAGAUGACGCGAGAGCAGUCCAAUGCGGCUUCAAAGUAGCAAGCAACUCGCACAUCGUCCCGCUCGCCCAACGUCGCAACAACUCUGACAGUAGUCUGCUGGACCGCGACGGAGAUGCUUGGGCAGAUUGGAACAAACUGAAUAUCACUGCCGAUGCCAUGCCUUUCGCAAAAUCUCAGUCAGACACCAACUUGCUACACCCUCGGACUGGCGCUCGGAUGGCGCGAAACACCAGUAUGUACAGCGCCGAGUGGACCAAGGGCCAGACUGGCCACUGCUUUCUUGAGGAUGCUGGACAUCGAUACCCUUUUGGAGGACUGGGCUUGUAGUGGUUGAGAAGCAAAAUGUCUUUUGAGCUAUUGCAGAUUGAAUACUCCCACUCAAGACCGACUUGGUGGGGACAGACCGAGUUUACGCAGCCUGUAUAACCAAGUAUGGAUCGCGUCCACUUACCGGGGUUCAGGCUAGCCGUUGAGAUCUAGAUUUCUUAUUUUCCUGGUUUUCUUGAUUUUCUUUCUUGCUUCCGGAGCAUUGGAGUGGGGCUUGUUGCUCGCGCGAAUGGCGUCUAAGCUAUCACUGCUUCUUCAUGGCCUAGUGCCCGCGGGCUAGAAAGGGCGUAGUUGUCGCAGCGUGGGCUCCACAUUUGGAUUACGAAUUGCGACGUGGUCCGAAUUGGAACACUUUGAGCUACAGGUGGCAUGUCCUAGUCCCGUUGAAUCGGGCCGAGAGUCGGCCGUGCUCAUGCUGUUCUCUUACCAUUGCAGCACACUGUACUAUUAGGCGAAAGUGGUCAAACAGGUUGAGCAU